ACUGUUUCACUUUUUUCAAAACAUAUUUUUGAUAGGCACUAAAUUUUUUUUAGUAUUAUUAGUUUAUUUUAGAACCAAAAUUGCGUUUAAAAUGGAGACGUCCUUUGAUGGUGGUACCGUGAAGGAAGAUGGAGAUGUCAAGACUCCUAAAAUAAAAACCACAGCAUUUGAAAACUCAAUCGCUUGCGAUCAAGCUACACAGGCGGAUUUUGUUGUAAAAAUGGAUGAGAAGUCUCUGUGUUCUCAUAUCUCCAUUACACUUAAAACGGAGGCAAUGGUCGAUGACAGUAUUUUGAUCGCUGAAGGGGGUACUACAGCUGCUGAACCUGAAGCUUUAAAAGUUGAUCAGGUUGUUCAGACCGAUGCAAUAUCUCUUGUUGAACUACUUCGAAGUCAAAACAAAAGAGAGUUUUUGAAUGGCAAGCGAUUCAGAAAUAGACCUGUCAUUGUAAACUACUCCGAAAAACUUUUAUCUUUGGAAGCUCUAUUAAGCGAUGAACGCGAAAACGAUUAUAUGAUGUGUACAAAAAUGGAUGAAAAUUGCAAAAGUUCAGACCAAUCGGCCUUUUCAAAAUCUCAGAUGACCUCUGACGGUGAUUGUCGCAAACAAGAGAAUGGUGUUAUGAAUUCUAGAUUAGAAGGCGUAAAAUCGAAAUUCUCAGAUAUGAAAGAUCAAGCUAUGCAGACAGACACGAUAUCGGUUGCAUCAGUUUUAAUGCAUUACGAAAAAACAUAUCGUGCAAAUGACUCAGGAAAGGUGAAAUCAGUAAAAACGGAGUCAACAAAAAAAUGUCCAGAGAUGCCUUCCCAAUCUGUUAUGUGCACGGAUCCCUGCCCAUACUGUGAAUUUUUUGAUAGAGGGCAGGCAAACUCACUAGAGCUAGCCAGUGAAGAAAAAGCGUUCACUGAGAAAUGUUACUUUGCAAACUAUAAGCCCAAACUUUCCAGAAAGACCAUUAAUAUUACAGAGAAAGUGGGUAGUGAUUUUUUGGAUAAUAAAGAUAAUGAUUCUGUUAAAGGAUCGAGCAAUACUGAUUCUAAAAAUUGCAUGGAACCAGAAGGUAUUUUCGUAAAUACAACGAAAAACGAACUAGAGGAAACGAUUGUUGUGGAUAAAAAUCAGUAUAAAACUGAAAAUGAUCUCUUAAAAUUGUCAGAGCUUAACACUAAUGAACUGAAAGAAUCGCAAAUAAUCACGUUUCCAUUCGAUGUUAAAAGAAUUCGGUCUGCAGAUGAAAUUUUCAGACUUACCAAAAGCGAUGGUUAUUUAUCUAAUCUUCCUGAAUGCGAUACAAAACCACUUCGCAAAACCAACAGUCUUUGUAACUACCGCAACAAGAAUCUUGUGUUUAAAAAGGGUGCAGAAUCAGAUAUAAGCGAAUUGAGGAAGAUUUUGAGCAUAGACGAAAAACCAAAUAAUACUGAAAAUGAUCGUUUAAAGCCACUAAGCACUGUUGAGAUUGAGGAUUCGCAUAUAUAUACAAGAAUAUCCAUUAGCGAUUGCAAGCUCUCUGCAGUUUGUGCAGAUAACGGAAACAUGAACUACAAAACAGACUAUCUUUCUGACUGGCUUGAAAGAAAACAUUUCUUAAGUUUCAAAAACACUAAAAUCAGAAAAGUAAGUAAAAGUUCGAAGGCGAUUUGCAAAGAUAAAAAAAAUGUACAUGAUGUAUCGAAGCCAGUGUAUAUGAGCUUAUUAGAGUGGGAAGAGUGUUGCAAUCUAAGUAGUUAUUUAAAAACACCAACAUCAACACCAAGCAGUACUCAGGAAAUCAGGAAACCAUGAUAGUACAAUUAUUCUCAAAUGUAUUGUAUAGAAUUCAUUCGUAAAGAUUUAUAUAAACCAUCAAAUUGUUAUAGAUAAGUAACCAGAAAAAAAACGCUGAAACCAUUGCUUUGAAAUUGAUUUCUUUUAAAAGCCAAAGCGAGGACACCGAAAUGGACUUUCCCAAAUGAACCUUAAAAUGACAUUGUCUCAGCAUUUAUUGUAUUACAGUACAAAGACUUUUACAGUAUUAUUAACAUCACUUGGAGAUCUCGAGAGAAAUGAUUCUAUUGGAGAAAUUUUAUAGUUUCUACUAAUAAUAUAUUUAUUUUAAAAUUGUGGAAGAAUUUAUGAUAUUAAAUUCAAGGUAUUAGUUAAACAAUUAAUUUCACUAUUAGAACACUAGUUUUACUUUAGAACUAAAUUUAAAUAGUGGAUGGAAUUUAUAAAGUUUAAAAAUUGUUGAUGUGUAUUAUAUACGUGAUAUAUUCUAAAUCAAAUAAAUUUAACUAUACCGCUGGUAA